AUGGCUCCACCCACCAAAACCCUCCUCUUCGACUCUGAUCAGCAAAUGUCGUAUGCUCAAAUCCUUCCAUCCCAAGAGGUCCUAGCGAGGAUGGAGGUAGCGAUACUGAAUUUCCUCAAGAUGUUGACUGCCCCAACUCCUGCCGUCAGCGAUCUCGCUGUGAUCUCAAGAACAUCGAAGAACACAAGGUUCAGGAAUGGCUUUCUUAGUGAGGUUUCAUCAAUAUUUCUUUCGCAUUCUUUCUGCACCAAGUCUCUCUCUCGAGUCCGAGAUGCCCAAUCAUUUGUUAGAGUUUGGAAAGUCAUUGAGCUAUGUUACCAAAUUAUUAGCAAAGACAAACGGGUAACUCAAAGGGAACUUUUCUAUAAGCUGCUAUGUGAUUCACCUGACUAUUUCUCUUCGCAGUCACAAGUUAAUCGGUCCAUCCAAGAUGUUGUCGCGUUGCUUCGAUGUACUCGCCAAAGCCUUGGGAUAAUAGCAUCAAGCAGGGGAACUGUUGUAGGUCGUCUGCUUAUAAAGGGACAAAAUCAUGAUGAUGUGGACUGCAGUCAACUAGGUCCUACUGGCCAUCCCAUUACAGGAGAUCUGCAUUUGCUGGAAAAUUUGAUGUUCCAAUCUGAUGCUCGGUAUAUUAUUAUAGUUGAAAAGGACGCAAUUUUUCAGAGACUAGCUGAAGAUCGCAUAUUUGAUCAGAUCCCUUGCAUUAUGAUUACUGCUAAAGGAUACCCUGAUGUUGCAACAAGGUUUCUUCUUCAUCGUCUUAGCAAGAUAUUUCCGGAUCUCCCAAUCUUGGCACUCGUUGACUGGAAUCCGGCAGGACUUGCCAUCUUAUACACCUAUAAGUUUGGAAGCAUAAGCAUGGGAUUGGAGGCAUACAGAUACGCCUGUAAUGUCAAGUGGUUGGGGUUAAGAUGCAAGGAUCUUCAGCUUUUGCCUCCGGAUUCGAUGAUCAUGAUGAAGCCACGUGAUCUUCAAAUUGCUAAGAGCCUCAUGUUAUCCAACACAUUGCCCGAAAGUUAUGCAGAAGAGUUGAGGUUCAUGGUUGAAUGUGGUCUCAGAGCAGAAAUUGAAGCACUUUACUUCCAUGGGUAUGGUUUCUUGACAACGUACAUUGUGAGAAAGAUUGUUCAAGGCGAUCACAUAUAAAGAUGGAGCACUUCUCAUCAUUCAAGCUAGAUUGAACUAUAAAGUGGAUAUAGGCAAUCCCUUCCAGUUGCAAGGUCCUGUACAGAUCUUUGUGAACCUCUUUUCUGGACGUUCAGCACCCCAACAUGGGAUCUAAGAGCUAUUGACCGUACCGUGGUGAAAGUCACAGGAAGAUUCCAACUACUUUCUCCUCGCAGGGUGUUUAAUUCUCCAAAUCCCCAGCAUGCAAUAAUAGGCAUGUCAGUUCCCACCUGUUCUCUUGUGCCCAACCACAUACCCAAAACACGAACUUAAAGCCAGUGUCAGGAUAUUCCUUCGAAGGAAGUUUUUGGCAAGGUAAAGUAUUUUCUUCCUGAAAACUAUUCGUAUUUACAUACUUUGAUAAAGAAACAUUAUUUUUUCGGAGGGCUACGUUACGUGGUCAAUUUAG